UGUGCCGCUCCGUGGUGCGGGGUCUCGGCCCCGCCGCGUCGGCCCAGGGUCCCGGCGGCAGCCCCCGGCUGCCGUUCCGCAAGGCGGCCUCCUCUUCGAUCAUCAUGGGGGUGACGGGCGGACGCUUCUCCCGCUUCUCCUCCAGGGCCAUCACGGCAGCGCCGCCCCCGCCUCCCGCGGGGCCGCGGGCACCCGAGGGGGCCCCGAAAGCAUGGGAGACUCCGAGGCAGGGGGGCCCUCGGCCCGCGUGGGACGCACGGUCUCUCACUUCCCAACGAGCCGCAUCACCCUGGCCGCCGGGAGCCCCGCGGGGGAGCAGCCCUCGGGGAGCGGAACGGGACGAGGUCGGGUCGGGUCAGGCAAGAGGCGGCGGGCGCUCCCCGCCGUCCGGCUGCCGGGUCACGGCGCGCAGGCAACUUGUGCGGCUUCUGCGGGGCACUUCAGCACAUGCCGCCGAGCGCACCUCGGCGCCAGGGGGGAGGGCUCUGCCGCCCCGGCCCCCCCGCUAGCGCCGCCGUCCGCAGGGAGCUCUCUUUCCCCCGCGUCCCGAGCCGCCGGGGCCGGGGUCGGGCUCCUCGCCCGGCCCCGGCAGCGCCCGAGCCAUGCGCGCCCCCGGGGNGCCGCCGCGCAGGUCGGCCCGUCCCCGCGGGGCUCGCCCGGCACCGGGGGGCGGUGGCACCGGACAGCGGCGCGGGCCGGGCCCGUCCUCCUCCCGCUCCUGAUAGCGGGUCAGGCUCCGGAGAGUCGCUCCUCUUAUUUUCUCUUUCCUGUCUCCUGCAGGUACAGAGCAAUCUCCCGGCUGGCUCGAGCAGAGGCGGCUAUAUAUAGGCACCGGGGAGAGGCGAGGGAAGGGAAGGGAAAGGAUGGGAAGGGGGAGAGGCGGGCAAGCCCCGCCGCCCCUCGGCUUCAGCGGCUGCUCCGGCUGCCGGCGGUGACGGCGGCGCCCCGGGGGAGCGGGCGGGGGCGGGAGGCGGGGGCGACGCGGGGACGAGGGAGGCUUUUCUCCAGUGUGUCACACGCGGCGGCUCCGGGGGAGGUCGCUGAGGCGGCGGAGGGAGCCCCGGCCGGGGCGGGCGGAGGGCGAGGGCCGGGCUGCGCCGGGAGUGGGGACGCUGCAAAGCCUCCGAGCCGCAGGACUGCCCGGGAUUACACACCAGUGCGUGUGCUCUCCACAUAAAUAUUGAAUGUCCUUACUGUGUCAUAUUUAUAGAGACUUAAUAAAGAGCCGCCGACUGUGUGUUUGAACGACAAUAGUGCUGUCAUACUAACGUGAGGAUGGAGCU